UCCUCAACACCUAUACAUUUCUCUCCACUCUGCAGAAUCACUGCAUGCAAAACUCUCUCUUUCAAGCAAGAAAGACAUAAACACACUCACUUGAGAUCCUUGGCAUUCCCUUUGAGACUGCCUGAGGUUGAGGGAGUCAGAUCCCUCUCACUUCCAGUGGUCAAUAUUCCGGCGUGUGGCGAGAGCUCCGUGCUGGCGGCCCAGCCCCUUUCACGCUUCAGCCUGGGACGGAAGACCCUGCUGGGGGCUGCCGUGGCCGUCAUGCUCCUCUUGGUACUGGUGGUCCUCAUCCCCGUUCUGGUCCAUUUGGCGGGAAGCAGUGAAAACGAAGGUCAAUACGAGAUGCUGGGCACUUGUCGGAUGGUCUGCGAUCCAUUCUUGGAAAAGACUGGCACUACCGCAGGUAUUGGUACAGGUACAGCUAUCACUAAUACACAGCUGGAGGCAGAGGCACUAACUGAUCACAGCAUGGGACCCCCAUUGCCCACCUAUGCCCAAGGACCACAGGGCAAACCCGGCCGGCAAGGGAAGCCAGGGCUACCGGGACCUCCUGGACCCCCGGGACCACCCGGAGAGCCAGGUCCCCCAGGACCAAUGGGGCCACCAGGGAAUAAAAAUCACACGGAACGACCAGAGCUCUUUGCUUUAGGUGGAAGAAUGGCUACCGGAAUCAGUACUGCCGUUUAUGCAAUGGGUCCUCGAGUAGCGUUUUACGCCGGUCUGCGAAACCCGCAGGAGGGGUAUGAGGUUCUGAGGUUUGACGAUGUAGUAACGAACAUUGGGAAUAACUACGAUGGAUCAACUGGGAAAUUUGUGUGCAAAGUUCCCGGGACAUACUUCUUCACAUACAACGUCCUAAUGAGGGGAGGGGAUGGAACCAGCAUGUGGGCGGACCUACUGAAAAAUGGACAGGUGAGAGCCAGUGCUAUCGCCCAGGAUCAAGAUCAGAGUUAUGACUACGCCUCCAACACAGUCAUCCUACACCUGGACCCUGGAGAUGAGAUCUUCAUCAAGCUGGAUGGUGGAAAAGCACAUGGUGGAAACAGUAACAAGUACAGCACUUUCGCUGGUUUCAUUCUGUACAGUGACUAGAGAGUCUAGGGAAAUUUUUUCCUUGAGUUCAGCCUCUGGUUGUUCAUAGGUAAGAGAGACAAACAUGUCUUCAUUGAUUUCACAAUGUCAGGCACCGUUGUAAAUCUCUGAUAUUUAGUCAUAUUUAGUAAACCCUUCCCAGCUGUAAAACUCAGUUUAACUGUUAGCUGUGUUUUGAAACAUGCUAGCUGGUUAUUACGUGGUUCAAGCUGGUUAUUUGCUUGUCCAAGCUGGUUUUUAGUUGGUCCAAGCUGGUCAUUUGAUGGUCCAAGCUGGUUAUUUGCUUGUCCAAGCUGGUUUUUAGUUGGUCCAAGCUGGUCAUUUGAUGGUCCAAGCUGGUUAUUUGCUUGUCCAAGCUGGUUUUUAGUUGGUCCAAGCUGGUCAUUUGAUGAUCCAAGCUGGUUUUUAGCUGGUACAAGUUGGUUUUAAGCUGGUCCAAGCUGGUCCAAGCUGGUCAUUAGCCUAGAUGGUCCAAGCUGGUAAUUAGAUAGUCUAAGCUAUAUUUUAGCUGAUCCAAGCUGGCCAUUAGAUGGUCCAAGAUUUUCCAGUCUGGUUUUUAAAUGAUCUAAGCUGGCUAUUAGCUGGUCCAAGCUGGUUAUUAGCUGGACCAAGCUGAGCAUUAGAUGGUCCAAGCUGUUUAUUUGCUGUGCUGGUCCAAGCUGGUUACUGGCUGAUCCAAGCUGUUUUUUAGCUGGUUCAAGCUGGUUAUUUGCUGGUCCAACCUGGUCAAUAAUUAUUAGCUGAUCCAAGGUGGUUAUUUAUUAUUAACUGAUCCAAGCUGGGUAUUUGCUGGUCUUUGGCUGGUCCAAGCUGGUCUUUAGCUGGUCCAAGCUGGUUAUUAGAUGGUCCAAGCUGGUUAUUUGAUAGUCUAAGCUAGUUUUUUAGCUGAUCCAAGCAGGUUAUUUGCUGGUCCAAGCUGGUUAUUAGUUAUUAUCAGGUCCAAGCUAGUAUUUAGUUGGUCCAAGCUGGGAUUUAGAUGGCCAAAGCUGGUCAUUAGAUGGUCUAAGCUGGUUAUUAUAAGGUCUAAGCUGGAUUUUAGCUGAUCCAAACUGGUCAUUAGAUGGUCCAAGAUGUCCCAAGCUGGUUUUUAGCUGAUCCAAGCUGGGCUGCAUUUCCCAAAAGCAUUGUAAGCCUAAGUAGAUCAUUGAAGCCAUUGGCACCAAUGGUCUCUACGAUCAACUUAAGCUUGUGAUGCUUUUGGGAAAUGCAGCCCUGGUCAUUAAAUGGUCCAAGAUGUUCUAAGCUGGUUUUUAGCUGAUCUAAGCUUGUUAUUUGCUUGUCCAAGCUGGUUAUUAGCUGGACCAUACAGGAGAUUUGCUAGGCAAAGCUGAUUAUUAGUUAUUUGCUGGUCCAAGCUGGUUACUAAAUAGUCCAAACUGGUUAUUAGAUGGUCCAUGCUGGUUUUUUAGAUGGUUUAUUCUGGUUAUUAGCUGGUCUAAGCUGGUCAUUAGCUGGUCGCCCAGUCACUAUGUACUAAAGAUGCACUUGGCCAUCUUAAAGCUGAAGAAUAAAAUUUCUAUACCACUAGCGCCACCAAACUGAAUUGCAAAAACAAACUUUGUUUCAAAACAGCUUUCUGAAUAUGCCCCCCGUCUGCCACUGGUCGAACAAAGAGAUAGUCCCACCCCCAACUCACACCAUUGGUUGAUUAAAGAUGUUGGGGCAGAUCUAAGUGGGUCGCUCAAAACAAACAGAGCAAUUUUCAAAGUGCCACAGAAAGAUAGUGCUUACAGUUUUCAAGAAAAUAAACCUAUGAAUGUAUAUUAAAAUGGGAUAGGAGAAAGUAUUUUAACACAGAAAAAGUUACAUACUUCAGCUUUAAGCUGAUAUGACCAGCUGGUAACAGUUUUGUGGUUGGUCCAAGAUGGUCCACCAGCUCGAAACCAGCUGCAAUGUUCCAAAACACAUUUACUAUUUUAAGUUGCAUUUUACAGUAGGGUUGACAUGUUUAGAUUGUGACAGAUCCUUUAGUUUUUUCUCACCACUAUUUUACUCCUAUAGUUCUCUUUGCACUACAGGUCACUUUCACAUAUGAAAUUCAACAGCUACACUAAGUUCUACAUAUGUAAACACACAUGAGUCAUGCGAUUAUUUGUUUCAGGGGCUAAAUGAUUCAUUUUGCACUGUAACGGACAAGUUUGUUUUUUAGUAGGCAUAACCUUUAUGCCUUUGGCCCAUCACAGUAUUGUGGUUUUAUAGCCUGUACAACUCACCUCCAGAGACCAGGAUUUAGAUUUAGAAUAUAGUUCAUUUUUCAAUUGAGAAAAUUGUUGUUUUUGAAGCACACCAUAUACAGUGCAUCCGGAAAGUAU